AUGGUGGAGAACGGACGGAGGAAGACGCCGCUCCGGGCCCGAGACCUGCGGCUGGCGAACUACAUGGCAUGGACGGGAAAUAGAAACGCGAAUGACCUAAAGGUCAUCUUCAACUACAAAGUUGAGGAACCAGGUGCUAGACAGGCAACCAAGGCAGCCUUGAAAGCUAGAGGCGGCUCUGGUACCCUUCACAGCCAGCCUUAUGCGGACGAUGAGGACUAUGAUGAGUAUCGGGACUAUAAUACUCAGGAGAUAACCGAAUUCAUACCGGGUGGGGUAGGGUGGGCUGAACUCAUGACAAACAACCGUCUUCUCGGGGGGUUCCAACAGUCGUUGAUAGACUACGCAGACAUAUACGAGGGCGCCAGUAUCCAAAAGGUCUAUACCGUCGUUUACAAAGGAGGCAGGCUAUAUGGGAGCCAUGUGGACAAGGAUGGAGAGGACUCUGAACUCAUGUUCGUGACCUACCUGAAACGAUGA